UUCCGCUUUACUUCUCAUUUCAUCACGCACGUUCUCUCUCUUCACUUCGUCUUCAACGUCGUCCAAGUGGGAGGCAUCGACCUUUGCUACUUUCUCCUGUUGUUGCAUAGCCAUUGUUGCAGAGCCAAGAUCAAUUGCCCUUCCCCCACCGCUGCGAUCUCCUUCCAUAGCAGCACUGCAACAAUAAGCACACUGCUUCUGUUACCGCACUACAGCAUGCCUAAACGAGUUGAACGAGCUCGAGUUCGAGCUCUGACAUGCCUCAUCGAGCUGAGCUCGAGUUAACAUUAUACAACUCGAUUCGAGCUCGAGCCAUGCGAAAUAGAAGUCGAGCCAAGUUCGAGCUUAGGAUGCUCAGGCUCGUGUUCACGGCCCCACAUGUAUAUGGGCCUGGAAUGGCAAGAAAGGGCUGGAUUUUCUGAGGAUAAUACGGUGGUGAAGCUAGUCGGUAAGAAAUUUAUUCCAGCUGAAAGCGCUUCAGAUAAGGGAUUUUCCUUGGACUGUCAUGAGCCUGACAAACGGAUGAAGGGGGGAAUAAUAACGGCUAGUUGCACACCUGCUGAGAGUGUGACCAUCAAUUCCCUUGAACCCUGGGAAAAAAUUGAACCGCGACUGGUCCCACAAAGCGAUGUCCAGCCAGGGGUAGCGGGAAGUUUAGCGGCUCAUGGUCAGAUUUACUUGGGUCUUGAAUGGCAGGAAGCUUCCGAACUUGAGGAAGCAGAAAUGGCUGGGCGUGUGCUGGCCAGUGGAAGGUUCAUUUCUGCAGGAACCAUGGAAGCAAAGACCUUAUGGCCUGCUACAGCUGGGUUACAGCAGGAAACCCACCCGAGCCAUCUCUUGGGCUCUACGGAAGAGGCUAAAGCACAGCCAAACCUAUCACCCCUCUACACUCAGAUAUCUCCCACGUUUUAUCAGGUGGGAGAGGCCCUUGAGACUACGGAUGUGUGGAGUGAGCAUGCUGCUCCUGAAGUUCUCGAGUUAGGAAGAGUGAAACUGCAGAAAACAAAAGCAAGAACCCUGUCAUCUCAGAAGCCGCCUCACGAGCAUACAUUGUUUCCCUCCAGCUGGGACCAGAAUCGUGAAGCCAUACUGUGCGGAGAUCUCAAACUGAGAGAUCCUGAGAUUAUUGGAGUAACAGCAAAGGGCAGCCUUGCUGCUAGGGCCAUCUACGGAUGUUGCCUUACGGGAAUUACAGCAGCUGGUGCUGCAGCCGUCCAAGUAAAUCAGCUAGCAGUGUGGCCGAUUCAUCCGAGUGCGCAGCAGCAAGACCAGCCAUUAUCGACUCGGCUGAAUGAUCCUACCCUCCGGCAGCAGAAGGUGAGGCAGUGCGGCUGGCCUAGAGCCGAGUUAGGAGAGGUAUUACCAGGCAGAGAUAAGGAGAUAGCUCACUACCCUUGGGAUCCCGGUGGAAGAGAACCUCACUUGAAGAUUCCUCGUCGCCUCAAUGCCAAGCUAAACCGGGGCAAGCGAUUGCGCAGAGCCUGAGGGCAGGCUCUGUCUAAGGGGGGUCCCACUCAGUCAUGAUGGCCGAGGGCUGGCCGUAUCUCAGCCAUUUGGGCCCAAUUGCGAAGCACCUCAUAGUCCUUUUCAGAGGCCAACCAACAUGCGAGGGAGGCUAUCAUGCGCUCAGACACAGUGGAAGGCGCCCAUUCCUCAGAGGGCCUCCCACGUACAAGGGAGGUUAACCGGGCAGACGAGAUGGAAACCAAGGCGAAGGCCGAAGUUGAGGUCAAACCAAAUGAGUAUCGUUUUCGGCCUAGGGAGGUUAACCUCCGCCCAAGCAAGGGGACUAUUCGCCAUUCAGCACAUCCGCCUGCUAGGGAGGCUAACCCAGCUCCAGCCCAACUCCAAGAACGUCUCUGUGGACAAGUGAGAUUAAUCAGCGGGCGAGACCGCGGGUUAAAGCUGUUUCAGAUGGUCCAGGGUAAGACCCACCCAGCUAAACCACGCGUCUCAGGUCCGCUCAGGGGAAGGAGUCUCAGUCUACUGGGUUCUGGGCGGGACACGUCGCUGGAGUGAGGCAAGACACGCCCAGGUGAGGAGGACGCGAACUGGGAAGGAUGCGACCAGCGCAUCUUUUGACGGGACACCGGUUCAUGCGAGGCGGGACACGCCGAGAAGGGUAAUGCUUUUAAAAAAUUAAUUAGUUUUCAGGAUCAACAAGAGCUUAAUAUUUCAAACAAUUAAACAAAGUGUUAUAGUUUCUCUCUCUCCAAAUUAAGCAUAGCGCAGCAGUGGGGUUGGGUGGUGGAGUUAUAUGGUUGAUUUAAGAGUCUUUCGUGUUCGUCCACCUCGUGAUCCACCAAAGGCUUUUGUGGUUUGAUUCUAUAACUUAUUUGCUAAAAAUAGAUUCCAUCACUUAUUUGCUAAACAUAUUUUUUUGGGACCUAAAUAUAAUU